UAGUUUGUUCGGUUGCGGUUGCUAUGGCUUCUUCACGUCUCUCUCCCUCGGUCUCUCCGAUCAUCGGAGUCAGACAGACAAUGUACUCCAUCGAAAUCCCUAUUUUGCCCCAUAAAACUCCUCAAAUCCUAUCUCUGUCCCCUCUGGUCUUCCUCUCUCAUACUCCCUCUUCCACAAGUCAAAGUUACCCCGCCACACUCUCUUUCUCGUCUUCCUAGUUCCUAUUGCACCUCUCUCUGGUCUUUUUUGAUGGCUGAUGCUGCUGUCGCCACUGUCUCUGAUACUGCUGUUGAUGAGGGUCUCCAGAACAAUCCGCUUCUGCAGGACUUCUACUUCCCACCCUUCGAUGUUGUCGACGCCAAGCAUGUCCGACCUGGGAUUCGCGCUUUGUUGAAGAAGCUGGAGAGCGACUUAGAUGAAUUGGAGAGAACUGUCGAACCAUCGUGGCCCAAGUUGGUGGAACCUUUGGAGAAGAUGCUAGAUGGACUGUAUAUUGUUUGGGGAAUAAUCAGUCAUCUUAAGGCAGUAAAAGAUAAUUCUGAACUCCGUUCCGCCAUUGAAGAAGUUCAGCCAGAAAAGGUUAAGUUUUUGCUUAGGCUGGGACAAAGCAAGCCAAUUUACAAUGGCUUUAAAGCUAUCAAAGAAUCUAGUAACUGGCAUUCGCUGAGUGAAGCUCGCAAACGUAUAGUAGAGAACAAGAUAAGGGAUGCAAUUCUUGGUGGUGUUGCUCUUGAAGAUGCUAAAAGAGAGGAAUUCAAUAAAAUUGAACAGGAGCUGGAAAGACUAUCUCGGAGGUUUGGUGAAAAUGUCCUGGAUGCCACAAAGAAGUAUGAGAAAUUAAUUUCUGAUAAAAAAGAAAUUGAAGGAUUGCCUGCUACAGCCCUUGGAUUGGCUGCGCAGACAGCAGUGUCUAAGGGUCAUGAAAGUGCAACUGCCGAAAAUGGGCCAUGGAUAAUAACGCUGGAUGCCCCUAGUUUCACGGCAGUCAUGAAACAUGCUCAAAACCGUGAUUUACGUGAAGAAGUCUACCGUGCAUAUGUAACCCUUGCCUCAAGUGGCAAUCUUGAUAAUACUCCAAUCAUCGAUCAAAUACUAAAACUUAGACUGGAAAAGGCUAAGCUCCUUGAUUACAAUAACUAUGCUGAGUUAAGCAUGGCAAAAAAAAUGGCGACUGUUGACAAGGCAGAAGAGCUCUUAGAAAAGCUUCGUAAAGCCUCUUGGGAUCCUGCUGUUCAAGAUAUGGAAGACCUUAUAAGUUUCUCUAAGAAGCAAGGUGCAUUGGAAGCCAAUGAUUUUAGCCACUGGGAUAUCAGCUUUUGGAGCGAGAGGCUUCGUGAGUCAAAGUAUGAUAUCAACGAGGAAGAACUAAGGCCAUAUUUCUCAUUGCCAAAGGUUAUGGAUGGCCUUUUCAGCCUUGUGAACAAACUUUUUGGAAUAGAUAUUGAACCAGCUGAUGGUCUCACCACUGUUUGGAAUAAUGAUGUUAAAUUUUAUUGCAUCAAAGAUUCGUCUGGCAGUCCAAUUGCGUACUUCUAUUUUGAUCCAUAUUCUCGUCCAUCUGAAAAAAAGGGAGGUGCAUGGAUGAGUGAGGUAGUUGCUCGUAGUCGAGUUCUUUCUAGCAAUGGUACUGCCCCAAGGUUGCCCAUUGCCCACAUGGUGUGCAACCAGACACCACCGGUGGGUGGCAAGCCAAGUCUCAUGACAUUUUAUGAGGUAAAGACCGUCUUUCAUGAAUUUGGCCAUGCCCUUCAGCAUAUGCUAACCAAACAGGAAGAGGGCCUAGUUGCUGGCCUUCGGGGGAUAGAAUGGGAUGCUGUUGAGUUACCCUCUCAAUUCAUGGAAAACUGGUGUUACCACCGGGACACUUUGAUGGGCAUUGCAAAGCACUAUGAAACUGGGGAGAAUCUUCCCGAAGAUGUAUAUUUGAAGUUGUGUGCAGCAAGGACAUUUCGUGCGGGCUCCCUUUGUCUUCGUCAGUUGAGAUUUGCAAGCGUAGAUUUGGAGCUGCACACAAGAUAUGUGCCUGGUGGAUCAGAAUCCAUAGAUGAUGUUGAUCAGAGGGUUUCUAGAAAAAUGCAAGUGAUCCCUCUGCUGCCAGAGGAUAGGUUCCUAUGCAGUUUCAGCCAUAUAUUUUCUGGUGGUUAUGCGGCUGGAUAUUACAGCUACAAGUGGGCACAGGUGCUGUCUGCGGAUGCUUUUUCAGCAUUUGAGGAUGCUGGCUUAGAAGACAGCAAGGCUGUAAAAGAAACAGGCCACAAGUUCCGGGAGACCAUUCUUGCUCUUGGGGGUGGAAAAGAUCCAUUGGAGGUUUUUGUGGCAUUCAGAGGGCGUGAACCUUCACCGGAGCCUUUGCUCCGACAUAAUGGCCUAUUACCACUGACCAGCACAGCAUGAAUUAUAAAAUGCUGAAUUGUUAUGCACCAGCAUGGUUUGGGAAGAACAACUUAGGCUUCUUUUUUAUUCCAACUGGAUUUUGAAGUUAUAUGAUAUACCCUUCCUUUGGUGGCUGAAGUCAAUUGAAAUAGUAAAGUUAUACAGAUUAGAUGGUGAUAGGUAUGGUUUUUGGCAAUUGAUGGAGCCACUCAGACAGAUUGGGUUUUCUUGUGCUUUGCAGGGCACUCAAAGACAAUAGAAUUCAUGCCUGAUGAUAAAUGAUAAAUUGCUACAGAUGAAUGGUACUGUGUUUUGCAUAAUACGACCAAAUGAGUAUUCAGUUUGCUCUGCAUGUUUAUAGAGUCAA